AUGGUUCAGGCAGAGUCUUCCGAUGCAGCUGUCAAGAAUGCUUUGCGCGCCAAUAUGGCGGGCGCGCCCCCGGAUUAUGAAUUGCCGUGGGUAGAGAAGUACAGGCCUGUAUUCCUUGAUGACGUUGUCGGGAAUACAGAGACAAUCGAACGGUUAAAAAUCAUUGCCCGCGAUGGCAAUAUGCCUCACGUUAUCAUUUCUGGUAUGCCAGGAAUCGGAAAGACGACUUCCAUUUUAUGUUUAGCGAGACAAAUGCUGGGAGACGCCUAUAAAGAGGCCGUGUUGGAGCUUAAUGCUAGCGAUGAAAGAGGCAUUGACGUAGUCAGAAACCGCAUAAAAGGAUUUGCCCAGAAGAAGGUCACAUUACCACCAGGCAAGCACAAGCUAGUUAUACUUGAUGAAGCCGAUAGCAUGACGUCCGGCGCUCAACAAGCGCUUCGUCGAACGAUGGAGAUCUACUCCACUACCACUCGGUUUGCCUUUGCAUGUAACCAGUCGAACAAAAUUAUCGAACCGCUCCAAUCGCGGUGCGCUAUUCUACGCUAUUCCCGUUUAACGGAUACUCAAAUCGUUGAAAGACUGGACCAGAUCUGCAAGGCCGAGGAUGUGAAGCACUCAGAUGAUGGCAUUGCAGCAUUAGUAUUUAGCGCUGAGGGCGACAUGCGUCAAGCAAUCAACAAUCUUCAGAGUACUUGGGCUGGCUUUGGAUUCAUUAGCGGAGAUAAUGUUUUCCGUGUGGUUGAUAGCCCUCAUCCGGUAAAGGUCCAAGCAAUGAUAAAAGCAUGUUACGAGGGUAAGGUGGAUAGUGCGCUGAAUACAUUGACCGAAUUAUGGUGA